AUGGGUUUCUUCGAAUCGAUGAAAUCAAUCAAUUGGGAACAAGAAUCGUUCCCUACUUAUCAAGAUUUUGGGUUUUUGCCUCUCUUUGCAGUGUUCUUCCCUUCAGUACGAUUUCUACUCGAUAGAUUCGUCUUUGAGAAAUUGGGAAGGCUAUUGAUCUAUGGAAGGUAUGGUUCGAAGAAGAGUGAUAACACAAAAGAGAAGAAGAAGAAUACUCGAAAAAUCCGAAAAUUUAAAGAAUCAGCUUGGAAGUGUAUUUACUAUCUAUCAGCUGAGUUACUUGCUUUAUCUGUGACAUAUAAUGAACCUUGGUUUACAAAUACUCUCUACUUUUGGAUUGGUCCUGGAGAUCAGAUUUGGCCUGAUCAACAGAUGAAGCUAAAGUUGAAGUUUUUAUAUAUGUUUGCAGCUGGGUUCUACACGUACUCUAUAUUCGCUUUGGUUUUUUGGGAAACAAGACGGUCUGAUUUCGGAGUUUCGAUGGGUCAUCAUAUCACAACUGUUAUUCUGAUUGUCCUCUCCUACGUCUGCAGAUUCGCUCGUGCUGGUUCCGUUAUUCUAGCACUCCAUGAUGCAAGCGAUGUGUUUCUUGAAGUUGGGAAAAUGUCGAAAUAUAGCGGAGCUGAAAGUAUUGCAAGCGUUUCGUUUGUUCUUUUCUCUUUGUCUUGGGUCGUUCUACGUCUCAUUUACUAUCCUUUUUGGAUCCUUUGGAGCACAAGCUAUCAAAUUAUUAUGACGGUGGACAAGGAAAAGCAUCCGAUCGAAGGACCGAUUUAUUACUACAUGUUCAAUACUCUUCUGUUUUGCUUGCUUGUUCUUCAUAUUUUCUGGUGGGUUUUGAUUUACCGGAUGCUUGUGAAACAAGUACAGGAUCGAGGCAAGCUUAGCGAAGAUCUCAGAUCCGAUUCUGAAAGCGAUGAUGAACACGAGGAUUGA